CGAACAUCGGCGAGCCACUUUUCCAGUGCUCCACAACGUUUGGCGGCUGAGAAAAACAGUCAUAUUACGGCUGACCCCCACUAUUCCUAAGACCUGCAUUCUUGUCCACUGCAAUUGCAUAGCGAAUUGGAACUUUGCUUUUUUACUUCAUUACUCCCAGUCCUCCACGCUCCGUGCAUACACUCGUGCAUUGCCAGCAAUAUGGCAACCGUCCAGAUCCUCACAUCCAUAGUUAAUGGCGUGUCGCAUACAGUGUCGCCGGGAGACGCUAUAAGAAAACAUGAGCAGGAAAAGGACCUAGGUAGCAAAGCCAAUUGGGUGGUUCAAAAAUACGGAGGAACCAGCAUCGGGAAGGCAGCAGAGGACAUCACGUCCAUAAUUCGCUACGGUCUGACCAAGGACCGUUUGGCCGUCGUGUGCUCGGCGCGUUCGUCGUCCGUGAAGAGCGAUGGCACUACAACGCGGCUUCUAAGGGCCGCAAAAGCGGCCGAAAAUGGGGAAUUACAGGCGGCGAACAAGCUCGUGGAUGAAAUACAUGCAGACCAUGAAGCCGCAGCCAGAAAGACUAUACGCAAUCCCGACCUACUCUCCGCGUUCCUGAGUGAUCUUGUGGCCGAGUGUGUACAAUUGAAGAGAACGCUACAGGCUGUGGCAGAGCUACGUGAAGUCUCUGUCAGGACAGAGGACAAAAUCAUGUCACUGGGUGAAAGACUUAGCUGCAUUUACAUGACGAGCCUUUUGAGUGACAGAGGCACGGAGGCUGCUCUGGUUGACUUGUCGACCGUCAUAAACGACCACAAGGUUCCAUCUCUAAACGAAGAAGGGGCCUACAAGGCCCUUGCAGUCGCUCUUGGAGAAGAAGUUCUCAAGGUCAAAGAUAAACUCCCUGUCAUCACGGGUCACUUUGGCUUCGUGCCUGGAGGUUUACUUCACGCUAUCGGAAGAGGCUACACUGAUCUCGCUGCCGCUCUUGUUGCAAUUGGUCUGGGAGCAAGAGAACUUCAAAUAUGGAAGGAGGUGGAUGGCAUCUUUUCUGCUGAUCCAAGAAAAGUUCCAACAGCGACUCUCCUAUCCAGUGUUUCGCCAAGUGAGGCAGCUGAGCUUACCUACUAUGGUUCGGAAGUUAUUCAUCCGUUCACAAUGCACCAAGUCAUGAUAAACAGCAUUCCUAUCCGGAUUAAAAAUGUACUUAAUCCAUCAUCCGGAGGUACUGUCAUUGUUCCAGAACCUCAAGGAAUUCGCGAUCCUAUUCGACCGAAGCUUACUCGUGGUCGCUCCAGUACCAACUUGUCUGACAUCGAUAAACGACGAAAGCCAACAGCAGUCACAGUGAAGAACUCCAUUGUCGUCCUGAACGUGCAUAGUAAUAGACGUACCCGUGCACAUGGCUUCCUUGCAAACAUUUUCUCUAUUUUGGAUAAACAUCACCUGUCAGUCGACUUGAUCAGUAGUUCUGAGGUGCAUGUUUCUAUGGCACUGCAUUCUGAGCAGAGCAUGGUCAGCAGCGAUGAAAAUGAAGAGCUUGCGAUCAAGGACAUCCGCUUGCAAGGCGCAUAUGACGAUCUUAGUUUGAUUGGAGCGGUCGACAUUGUUAGUGACAUGGCCAUUGUCUCCUUGGUCGGAAAAGACUUGAAAAACAUGACAGGCAUUGCUGGAAAAUUCUUCAGCGUGCUUGGGGAGAAUAACAUCAACAUAGAGAUGAUCUCCCAGGGCGCCAGCGAGAUUAACAUCUCGUGCGUCGUUUCGGAGCGUGAUAGUGCACGCGCUCUCUCAACAGUGCACACGAUAUUAUUUGAUUUCUUGGAAUGAAGAAUAAGAGGCUACUUACUUGUUCUUUCUGAAGCCCAACAAAAGACGGACCGGAGUAUCAAAUGUUUGCUUCGCAUUGGGGUGGAUAACCUGUUCGCACUUACCGCUACACAGAGCAUAUGCAAAAAUCAUCGUGUUGAAAUGUUCAUAGACCAGGUAGAAUUUUUUCUAUAAGUGACUAUCCAGAAAGAAAUAUACCCUACUGCAGUGAUACUGUCUCAGGAUUGUUCAAAAUGUUUGUCUUGCCGGAGUGCUGAGGGAUGAACAUGAAGCCACAGCAAAUUUCACGGAGUGAAAGUAGUGAGUUCCUGGUACAUUCUCCAAAGGGCCUAG